AUGGUUGUGGUUACCCGAGCUGGCUGCAGGGCAGCUCUCUUCCUCUGGAUUUUCAGCAGCAUUAGCUGCAGAGCCAGGACUGCUCUGCCUGCAUCUCAAAAGUGUGAUGAACCUCUGGUCUCAGCAUUACCACACUCCUCCUUCAGCAGUUCAUCAUCUAUCACAAGCAGCUAUGUGCCAGGGUAUGCCAAAUUAAACAAGAGAGGAGGUGCAGGAGGUUGGUCUCCAUCAGACAGUGAUCAUUACCAAUGGCUGCAGGUGGAUUUUGGGAACAGGAAGCAGAUCAGUGCUAUUGCAACUCAAGGCAGGUAUAGCAGUUCUGACUGGGUCACUCAGUAUCGGAUGCUCUAUAGCGAUACAGGGAGAAACUGGAAACCAUACCAUCAAGAUGGAAAUAUCUGGGCAUUUCCUGGAAAUAAAAACUCUGAUAGUGUGGUCCGGCACGAUUUACAACAUCCAGUUAUUGCUCGCUAUGUACGGAUAGUUCCUUUGGACUGGAAUGGAGAGGGCCAAAUUGGGUUAAGAAUUGAAGUAUAUGGCUGUUCCUAUUGGGCUGAUGUUAUCAAUUUUGAUGGCCAUGUAGUGUUACCAUACAGAUUCAGGAACAAGAAAAUGAAAACACUGAAAGAUGUCAUCUCUCUGAAAUUUAAGACCUCUGAAAGCGAAGGUAUAAUCUUCCACGGAGAAGGACAGCAAGGAGACUAUAUCACCUUGGAACUGAAGAAAGCCAAACUUGUUCUAAAUUUAAAUUUAGGCAGCAACCAACUUGGCUCUAUUUAUGGCCACACAUCCGUGAUGACAGGCAGCCUCUUGGAUGAUCACCACUGGCACUCCAUCGUCAUAGAGCGUCAUGGGAGAAACAUCAAUCUCACCCUGGACAGACACAUGCAGCACUUCAGAACCAAUGGAGAAUUUGAUUACCUGGACCUGGAUUAUGAGAUAACCUUUGGAGGCAUGCCUUUUUCUGGGAAGCCAAGUUCUAACAGUAGGAAGAAUUUCAAAGGCUGCAUGGAGAGCAUCAACUACAAUGGCAAUAAUAUCACUGACCUUGCCAAGAGGAAGAAAUUGGAACCUUCUAAUGUGGGAAAUCUAAGUUUUUCUUGUGUGGAGCCACAUACAGUGCCCGUCUUUUUCAAUGCCACGAGUUACCUUGAGGUUCCUGGUCGUCCAAGCCAGGAUCUGUUUUCAGUCAGUUUCCUUUUCCGAACCUGGAACCCCAAUGGACUUCUUGUCUUCAGCAACUUUGCAGAUGACCUGGGGAAUGUUGAAAUUGACAUAAAUGAGGGAAAAGUCAGUGUCCAUAUCAAUGUCACCCAAGUGAAGAAGAACCGAAUAGACAUCUCAUCAGGCUCUGGUCUCAAUGACGGGCAGUGGCAUGAAGUUCGAUUCCUAGCUAAGGAAAAUUUUGCUGUCCUCACCAUUGAUGGCGAUGAAGCUUCAGCUGUUCGAACAAACAGCCCUCUACAAGUUAAGACUGGAGAGAAAUAUUUCUUUGGAGGGUUUCCUAUACAGAUGAAUGACUCGCAUCACUCGCUAUUUCAGCAUUCAUUUCAAGGAUGCAUGCAGUUUAUUCACGUGGAUGAUCAGCUGGUGGAUUUGCACGCAGUGGAGCAAGGCCAGCUGGGAAGCUUUGCCAAUGUCACCAUUGACAUGUGUGCCAUUAUUGACAGGUGUGUGCCCAAUCACUGUGAACAUGGUGGCAAAUGCACCCAGACGUGGGACAGCUUCAAGUGCACUUGCGAUGGAACUGGAUACAGUGGCGCCACUUGUCAUAACUCUAUUUAUGAACUCUCUUGUGAAGCAUACAAACACUUGGGCAAAACUUCAAAUUACUACUGGAUAGAUCCAGAUGGCAGUGGGGCACUGGGACCUUUGAAAGUUUACUGCAACAUGACAGAGGAUAAGGUAUGGACAACUGUGUACCAUGAUCUGCAAAUGCAGACUUCUGUGGCAGGCAACAGCCUGGAGAAGUUAUCUGUACUGCAGCUCAACUACAGUGCAACGAUGGACCAGAUUUCUGCCAUUACCAGUAGUGCUGAAUACUGCGAGCAGUUUAUCUCCUAUUCUUGCAAGAUGUCCCGGCUACUGAAUACACCAGAAGGGAAUCCAUAUACCUGGUGGGUUGGAAAAGCCAAUGAGAAGCACUACUAUUGGGGCGGAUCAGGACCUGGCAUUCAAAAGUGUGCCUGCGGCAUCGAACGCAACUGUACUGAUCCCAAGUACUACUGCAACUGUGAUGCUGAUUAUAAGCAAUGGAGAAAAGAUGCUGGGAUGUUGUCAUACAAAGAGCACCUACCAGUGAGUCAGGUAGUGGUUGGAGAUGUUGACCGGCCUGGGUCUGAAGCCAAGAUAUCUGUAGGUCCCGUGCGUUGUCAAGGAGAUCGGAAUUACUGGAACGCGGCUUCUUUUGUUACUUCGUCAUCCUACCUUCACUUCUCCACCUUCCAAGGGGAAACCAGCGCAGACAUCUCUUUCUAUUUCAAAACAUCGGCCUCGGAUGGGGUGUUUCUUGAGAAUCUGGGGAACACUGACUUCAUCAAACUGGAGCUGAAAUCUGCUGUGGAGGUUUCCUUUUCAUUUGAUGUUGGAAAUGGGCCUGUGGAAGUCGUCGUUAGAUCUCCCAACCAGCUCAAUGAUGACCAGUGGCAUCGGGUCAAUGCUGAGAGGAAUGUCAAACAGGCCAGCCUGCAGGUAGACCAGUUACCCCUGGAGGUCCGGAAAGCACCAACAGAAGGACACACGCGACUGGAAUUGUACAGCCAGCUCUAUGUUGGUGCUGCAGGAGGCCAGCGAGGCUUCCUAGGUUGCAUUCGUUCAUUAAGGAUGAACGGGGUGACGCUGGACCUGGAAGAGAGAGCAAAAGUCACACCAGGGGUGAAGCCUGGCUGCUCUGGCCAUUGCACGAGCUAUGGGAUGUACUGUGCAAACGGCGGUAAAUGUGUCGAGAAAUACAACGGCUACUCCUGUGACUGCUCCAAAACUGCCUAUGAUGGACCAUUUUGCAUUAAAGAUGUUGGAGCAUUUUUUGAAGAGGGAAUGUGGCUUCGUUACAACUUCCACUCUCCAGGGACUAGCAUGAAGGAUUUAAUUAGCCGAACACUUUUGAGUUCUUCAGAUCCUGAGACCACAGCACCCAAUCUCAACUUGAAUAAAGAAGAGCUCAGCUUCAGCUUCAGUACCACUAAGUCCCCUUGUGUCUUAUUGUACAUCAGCUCCUAUACCCAAGACUUCAUGGCUGUGCUUGUCAAGCCAUCUGGUAAUCUGCAAAUUCGGUACAGCCUAGGAGGCACCAAAGAGCCGUAUAACAUUGAUGUUGACCACAGAAACAUGGCUAAUGGACAGCCCCAUACUGUUAAUAUCACACGGAAAGGACGGGACAUAGUACUGCAGCUUGAUCACUAUCCUCCAACAAGUUACAGCCUGCCAACAGCAUCUGACAUUCAGUUCAAUUCCCCAAAGGCACUAUUCCUAGGAAAAGUUAUAGAAAUUGGGAAGAUUGACCAAGAUAUAUAUAAAUACAACACCCCAGGAUUCACUGGCUGCCUAUCAAGAGUACAGUUCAACCAGAUUGCUCCACUCAAAGCAGCUCUGAGACCUACCAACACCUCCUCUCACGUCCACAUCCAAGGAGAACUGGUGGAAUCCAACUGUGGAGCAUCUCCACUCACCAUCCCACCAAUGUCGGCCGCUACUGACCCGUGGCACUUAGACUCAGCCAGUGCUGAUUUCCCAUACAAUGGUCAAGCUAUAGGAGAUGGAGUUAACAGAAACUCUGCCAUUAUUGGAGGUGUCAUCGCAGUGGUGAUCUUCACCAUCCUCUGCACCUUGGUGUUCCUGAUCCGCUACAUGUUUCGCCACAAGGGAACCUACCACACCAAUGAGGCCAAAGGGGCAGAGUCAGCCGAGAGCGCUGAUGCCGCCAUCAUGAACAAUGACCCUAACUUCACGGAGACCAUUGACGAGAGCAAGAAGGAAUGGCUUAUCUAA